AGGAAACCACACACCGUUAGACAAUCCCUUUGCCAAAUACAACUUGCAGAUCAAUAUCAAUAACCCUACAAAUAUGAAGGGAUUGAACGAAAGAAAAGGAUUUGACUUUGAUUACUGUCAAAGAAAUGCACUUUUGCAGGAGCGUGGAUUCCCUUCUCCCAAGGCAACUUCUACUGGUACCACCAUUGUCGGUGUGAUUGCUAAAGAUUGUAUUGUUUUGGGUGCAGACACUAGAGCAACUGCUGGACCGAUUAUUGCUGAUAAAAACUGCAGAAAGUUGCAUUUAAUUGCUCCUAAUAUAUGGUGCGCUGGUGCUGGUACUGCUGCUGAUACCGAAUUCGUGACUUCGAUGAUUUCUUCUAACGUUGAGUUGCACUCCAUGUAUGUUAAUCGAAAGCCAAGAGUGGCAACUGCCUUGACAAUGUUGAAGCAGCAUCUUUUCCGUUACCAAGGUUAUAUUGGAGCUUACCUCGUCCUCGGUGGUUACGAUUGUAAAGGCCCACAUCUGUUCACCAUCGCAGCUCAUGGUUCCAGUGACAAAUUACCUUAUGUUGCUCUUGGAUCUGGUAGUCUUGCUGCUAUUUCAGUCCUUGAAACCAAAUACAAACCUAACUUAGAACGACAUGAAGCUAUGGAGCUUGUUCGUGAGGCAAUUGAAGCUGGUAUUUUCAAUGAUCUUGGAUCUGGUUCCAAUUGCGAUUUGGUUGUCAUUGAUAAUGAAAAGGCUACCCCCUACCGCGGCUAUUCUAAGCCGAACGAACGUGCUCAAAAGGAACAAAACUACAAAUACGAGCGUGGUACUACAGCCAUUUUACGGGAAGACAUUCACAAGUUCGUCACAGUCGAAACGCUGGACGAAAUGGAAGUCGACAUAUAAAAGUCGAGGUUUCUUUGCGAAAAAAAGAGUAUAGCAGUUUUUAAAUGCCUGCAGCUUGUUUAUACUUCAGCUGAAUUUAUAUUCAGUGCUAUUUUCUUAUUUUUAGUUUAUGACGCUACGCUAGGAUGCAAAGAAUUGACGUUUCACCUUGAAAAUCAUCCGUGCUCGCUAUCUUUCUACCUUUCUAUGUAAUGAGAAUGACUUCUUUCCUUUUUGCUUUCCUUUUAAAAAGCACCAGCUUUCCAAUUCCCACAUGUCCCUCUAGUUUUCAUAGAAAUAUAUUCAUUCUUAAUGAUUAAUAGAACAUCUUACGCAUA